AGUGAACUGAUAUACUGAGAAUUUGUUUAUUUCACCAUUCACCAAGUGCCACGAAUAUGCAUGAAAGGGGAACAUUUUAAAAACAAAAAAACCCCUAAAAGUGGGAAAAUAUCCCCAAACCAAAAAGCUCGUCUUCUUCACACUCUCUCUGAGAAAUUCGUAUGUGUGAAAAGCCCUAAGCGAAGAAGAUGGAUCGCAGGUGGAUGGGAAAACAGUUCCCCGGAACUGAUUCGACGUCUUCCGGCGGAAAAAAACGGAAAGGAGGAGUCGAAUGCAGAGAUGAAGGCCUGGGGAUUAGUAAGCGGAAACCCCCCGCGUUUCCUCAGCUCUUCGAGAAAUCCGCCGAAGCUGGUUACUUUGGAGGGAGCUCCGACGAAUACUGCGUUUCCAGCUUUUCUCUCCAGUUUUUAAGGCUUGCGCACUCUGAAAAUUUAUCUUCCUGGGGGGUUAUACCAUCAAAAUUUACGCCUGCAGAACAUAAAGAACCUGGUGAUAUGGAGUGGAUUUCCGAAAUGUAUGGUGAAGAAAAGAAGAAAAAGAUUCUUCCAGAUGGCAGUGUGGGUGGGAAUGGAGAAGGUUCAUCAGGAUCUACGUCAGAAAUUAGCUAUGAGCUAUAUAAUCUAGUUUGUUUCAGUCGAAAAGACUUCGGUUUAAUUGUGGGCGUGGAUGACAAAGGUGACGGCUACAAGGUUCUAAAAGAAGGUUCUGAUGGACCCGCUGUAGUCAGAGUUCAAAAGAAGGAAAUGCAGAGUGGACCGUUCGAUUCAAAAUUCACUGCCCUCGAUCUGAAUAACAAACAGAUAUCAACCAAUGAUGUUGUGAAGAUUUCCAAAGGCCCAUCUGAGGGUAAACAAGCAGUUGUGAAGCAAAUAUACAAAAGUAUCGUAUUUCUUUAUGCUGAGAGUGAGGAAGAAAAUGGCGGAUAUUUGUGCUGCAGAUCACAAUCAUGUGAGAAGAUUAAUCUCUUUACUGACGAAUCCAAUGAGAAUACUGGUGGAUUUGAUGCUUCAGCUUUUGGAGAUUCUGCAUCCUGCCUAAAAUCGCCCCUACCUCCUGAAAAAGAGUGGCAGCCCAAGGAAAAUUACAUUAACUCGAACCAAGGAGACAAGGGUAGCAUGUAUUCUAUAGGACAAAAGCUCAGGAUACGUGUGGGUCCAUUGAAGGGGUAUCUCUGCCGUGUAAUAGCUUUACGCUAUUCUGAUGUUACAGUCAAGCUUGACUCCCAGCCUAAAAUUCUUACAGUUAAAAGUGAGCAUCUUGCUGAGGUUCGCGACACAAAUAUGCCAAGUAAAAGUGGUAAGCCAACAUCAACACCCUUUGCGAAUUCUAACCAUAAGCAACAUCCGGGCGAUGGUUAUGACUCGAUCUCUGGCGGCGGACAACUCUGUGCCGGUUCAAGGAUUGUUACAAGUGACAGUAAUGAUGGAUUUUCGGUCCCAAAGAGUAGAAAACGAGCCAAACAGCGUGGCUCUCGCUCUGCGGUCACUUCAGAUUCGUCCUCCGUUGACGCAAAGAACUCCCCACCCAAAAUUGGAGUGGAGGCGUUUAUCGAUCUAGAGACGGUCAUCAUUUCGGUAGAUUGAGGUUACAACAGACACCAAAGUCAACUCUAACCCAGAUCCGACUGGUUAACACUAUAUGUUCUCACGCAAAGGAUCUGAAAAGAAGGGGGAUGAAGGCACUGGUCAUACUCUCAACCGAUCCGGUCUUUGAGGAAUCACUUUACCCGUGUUUAAAGACUGUAACUCCUGUUCCAUUUUCUGUUUUGGCUACUGCUGAGAGCUUAUGUUUGGAGGCAAAGGAGUGGCAUAGGAGAUUUUGAAGGCAAAGGAGUGGCAUAGGAGAUUUUGAAGGCAAAGGAGUGGCAUAGGAGAUUUUGAUAGCCCCGUGAUUUGUUUGACUCGUAUCUUCUUUACUUUUUUUUUUUUGGGUCUGAUAAGCCAUGUCGCACUUUGGUUAAAAUGAAAAACAAACCAUGUUACAGAAGACGCCGAAACGACUUGGUGUGUGUAAAUGCGAGGAAAAAACUACCCACCCAUUACACACCAAAGCAAAAAGAAGUCGUACAUUGCUGGCGAAGAAUGCAAAAAACAACAUGAUGUUUUCCUCUAUAAACAUCACAAGACUUUGCUUACAUCAUUUGGUGUCACUUUCAUCGUCGUCCUCCUCCUCCUCGUCAUCUUCAUCGUUACGGCCCGCAAUUAUGCAUCAACCCAUCCUCUCUCAUCUCCUCCUCCCUGCGCUUCAUCCUCCG